AUGCGUGAAUUGACGAUGAUGCAGCACGAUGACCGGUAUGCCCUGGCAGAAGAGUACGUCAAAGUCACAUAUAAGCUCUGGGAAUCUUCCUGGCGCCAAGAUGCCGUGGUCCUCGAUCGCGAGCGCGGUAUCUACACAGAUCCAACACGCGUGCGACAGAUCAACCACGUCGGAAAAUAUUUCAACGUGCCCGGUCCUCAUCUCUGCCAACCCAGCCCACAGCGCACUCCGGUCAUCCUGCAAGCUGGUACUUCCAAGGCUGGAAAAACAUUCGCGGCUCAACAUGCGGAAGCCAUCUUCGUGGCAGGUCAUAGUCCGUCCGUAGUCGCCAAGAAUGUGGCCGAGAUUCGACAGCUCGCAAAGACGGAGUUUGGCCGUGAUCCGCGGAGCAUCAAGUUCCUGGCCCUGCUCUGCCCGGUGCUAGGGCACACGGAGGAGGAAGCCGUGGAGAAAUUCAAGUACUACCGUAGCCUGGGCUCCAUUGAUGGUGCUCUCGCGCUCUUUGGAGGCUGGACCGGGAUUGAUCUGAACAAGUAUGGCGAUGACGAAGAGCUGCGACAUGUUGAGAGCAAUGCCAUCAGGUCCGCCGUGGAAGGCUGGUCAAAGGCAACCCCCGAAGUCGCCAAGUGGACCAAGGCAACGGUCGGUCAGCAUAUCACUGUCGGUGGCCUUGGUGCGACUCCCGUGGGGACGGCUGCACAGGUUGCUGACAACAUGGAACGCUGGGUGCAAGAGGCUGAUGUAGAUGGGUUCAACCUGGCCUAUGCCAUCAAGCCGGGGUCUUUCCUGGACAUCAUCGAACUGCUUAUCCCUGAGUUGCGCCGACGGGGUCUCUUCUGGGACGACUACGCGGUACCGAAGGGAACAUAUCGCGAAAACCUGUAUUCGCAAGCUGGCCAAUCGGGCCCGCGAGAUGACCACCCAGCGUCGAGGUACCGCUGGAAAGCAGGAGUCGCUUCUGCUGACCAUCCAGUCCCGGAGAACUGA